CCACUUCCUUCAUUUCCCUGGUGGGAGCAGUGGUGUUUUCCGGCGAUAGAGGGCAGUGGAGGACCAGUGUGGCUUGGCGGAGACCGGAGAAGAAAGCGUAGAAGAAGAGGAAGCUCAGUUUGUAGCGGCAAUGAAAGGACAGCGUGCUACUUCCAAUUUGAGUAAAACAUAAGUAAAGUGCACAUUAGCGAUUGUUACUGUUAAAGCGUAAGACGAGUAUAAUUCAAUUUCUGGAAGAGACUAUAAGGACUGGGUCGGGAAGAUGUCUUUGGUUUGUGCAAUCUCCAACGAGGUCCCGGAGCACCCAUGCGUCUCCCCGGUGUCCAGCCAGGUGUUUGAGCGCCGGCUGAUCGAGAAGUACAUCGCAGAGAAUGGGACCGACCCGAUGAACGGGCAGCCUCUGUCUGAGGAGCAGCUCGUAGACAUCAAAGUGUCCCAUCCCAUUAGACCAAAGGCUCCAUCAGCAACAAGCAUUCCUGCCAUCCUCAAGUCCCUUCAAGAUGAGUGGGAUGCUGUUAUGCUUCACAGCUUCACCCUGCGGCAACAGCUGCAGACGACUCGCCAAGAGCUGUCUCACGCCCUCUACCAACACGAUGCCGCCUGCAGAGUCAUCGCUCGACUCACCAAAGAGGUCACUGCUGCGAGAGAAGCUCUUGCCACACUCAAGCCCCAGGCUGGAUUGGUUGCUCCUCAGGCUGUCGCUGCCUCUCAGCAAAACGCAGCCGGUGCUGGUGGAGAGCCCAUGGAGAUUAGUGAACAGGUGGGAAUGACCCCAGAGAUCAUCCAAAAGCUCCAAGACAAAGCUACUAUCCUCACCACAGAAAGAAAGAAGAGAGGAAAAACGGUCCCAGAGGAGCUGGUUAGAUCUGAGGAUCUCAGCAAAUACCGCCAAGUGGCCUCUCAUGCUGGUCUUCAUAGUGCCAGUGUCCCUGGUAUUCUGGCUCUGGAUCUGUGUCCUUCCGACACCAACAAAGUUCUCACCGGCGGAGCUGAUAAGAACGUGGUGGUGUUUGAUAAGAGCGAGGAACAGAUUGUGGCAACACUGAAGGGUCACACCAAGAAGGUCACCUCUGUCAUUUACCAUCCAUCCGCGUCCGUGGUCUUCUCUGCAUCUCCAGACAACACCAUCCGUGUGUGGUCCGUUGCCGGGGGAAACUGUGUCCAGGUGGUGCGUGCCCACGAGGGGGGUGUCACUGGACUCUCCCUUCACGCUACUGGGGACUACCUGCUCAGCUCCUCCGAGGAUCAGUACUGGGCCUUUUCUGAUGUCCAGACUGGACGAGUCCUCACUAAAGUUACGGAUGAAAGUGCUGGCUGUGCUCUGACCUGUGCUCAGUUCCACCCUGAUGGUCUCAUUUUUGGCACUGGGACGGCUGAUUCCCAAAUCAAGAUCUGGGAUCUGAAGGAGCGCACCAACGUGGCCAACUUCCCCGGCCACUCUGGCCCCGUCACCUCCAUCGCCUUCUCUGAGAACGGAUACUAUCUGGCUACAGGUGCCCAGGAUAGCUCUGUGAAGCUGUGGGAUCUGAGGAAACUGAAGAACUUCAAGACAAUCAAUCUGGACAACAACUAUGAGGUGAAGUCCCUUGUGUUUGACCAGAGUGGUACCUACCUGGCUGUUGGAGGAUCUGACAUCCGUGUCUACAUCUGCAAACAGUGGUCUGAGGUCCUCAACUUCACAGACCAUACAGGUUUGGUGACUGGAGUUGCCUUUGGAGAGAACGCUCAGUUCCUGACCUCUGCGGGAAUGGACAGAAGUCUCAAAUUUUACAGUUUGUGAAAAGGAUAGAUUCAGGACGAAGGGAGCAGGGUAAACUGGUCUUCUUGUCUGAGCUGACACUAUCCUGGACACAAAAUAGACGGAAAAUAACUAACUUUGCGUCAUUUGUGUGUUAGUCCUCAUGUCCAGGAGUGAGACCCCGUAAAAUUGUUUGCCAUACGAAACCACAGCAGAAUGGUUAGGAAAACAUGUUUGUUGGAUUUGUAAGUCUGAAACAUUAAUGAUGUGAAAUGAAAUGCAGAAGCCAGUUAAAUGUUCCUGUCUGAUUUGCCAGCAAAUAUGAUUUUACUGUAGUAUUUUUAUUUUAUUUUUGUUUGUUGGGGUCAAAAGUGGCUUGUAAUACAACUCAAAGGUGUUGUAGUCCACUAUUAGGGACUAUAAUUGGUGUGACAUCAAUCUGCUUUGCUUCAUGUAGAUCUCUCCAUUACAGUAUCGUUAGGGUAAAAUGAAAAUAAGUCUGUAGUGAUGACCAACUAAGCAACACAAAUGAACAGGUGUAAGAGAUGUGUGUCUUGUUUAACCUCCCUUCAGUUUAUUUUCUUUUUUCAUUUAAACUUUUGUCUUUUUCCAAUUGUAUAUUUCUCAUUACUUGCUAUUUUACCUAUUGCAACUCUGCCCUUUUACAAUAAAGUAAAAUAUCUUUUGUAUUGCCAUUCAUCUGUUUGUCAGAUCAAGUUAAAGGAGCAUUUUUGCCAAUAACUGCCUUAUGAUAAAAUGUUUCUUUUUUUCAUGAUAAAUUCAUAUGAUUAAUGGUGUGUGUACUUAAAGCUCCUAUUUUAAACUCCAA